AUGCGUAGUACUUGCCUUGAUCAAGAAAAAAAAGGAAUGUUCGAGCAUCAGGUAUUUCAGCUAAUAUUUGCGGGCGAAUACACGAAGGCAAUGAACAAAGACUGGCACAGUGAUCAUUUUUGCUGCUGGCAGUGUGACAACACACUUACUGGUCAACGAUAUAUCUUGCGAGACGAACAUCCUUACUGCAUCAAGUGCUAUGAAGAUGUGUUUGCAAAUACCUGUGAUGAGUGUGCUAAACCUAUUGGUAUUGACUCUAAGGAUCUAUCGUAUAAAGACAAACAUUGGCAUGAAGACUGUUUUCUGUGUAAUAUGUGCAAAAUUUCUUUGGUUGACAAACCCUUCGGCAGCAAAAAUGAUAGGAUAUUCUGCUCAAACUGUUAUGACCAAGCAUUUGCAACUCGAUGCGAUGGAUGUAAUGAGAUCUUUCGGGCAGGCAUGAAAAAAAUGGAAUAUAAAGGGAAACAGUGGCAUGAUAAAUGCUUUUGCUGCGCAUUAUGUAAAACACCGAUUGGCACUAAAAGUUUUAUACCUAAAAAUGAUGAAGUCUAUUGCGCUCAAUGUUAUGAAGAUAAAUUUGCUACCCGUUGUUCUAAAUGUAAAAAGGUGAUCAGUAGCGGUGGUGUUACGUACAAAAAUGAACCGUGGCAUCGGGAGUGUUUUUGUUGCACCAACUGUAAUACUUCGCUUGCUGGUCAAAGAUUUACCAGUAAAGAUGAGAAACCGUACUGUGCCAACUGUUAUGGGGAACUGUUCGCUAAACGAUGCAAUGCCUGCUUAAAACCAAUUACAGGAAUAGGUGGUGCUAAGUUUAUAUCUUUCGAAGACCGACAUUGGCAUAAUGACUGUUUCAUAUGUGCUCAGUGUUCAACAUCUCUAGUUGGUAAAGGAUUCAUAACAGAUGGAGCUGAUAUACUAUGCCCGGAAUGCGCGAAGGCGCGGUUGAUGGCUGCAAAUUCUUAA